AUGGCCACCACGACUGCCAAAGCUCCUGCUCCGCUGAAUCUAUUCGACCGUUUGCACCAAGGUGAAAACUGGAAAUUGUUUCGCCGAGAGUGGAAAUUCUAUGAAUUAGCAGCUGGCAUUCAUAGGAAGGCGGAUGAAGUUCGUGUUGCUUCUUUGUUAAACGUUGUUGUCAAAGAGGGAUUGGACACUAGUCAAUUGCCGAGCGCGUCGCUCGAUUGUUACAUAACAGCUUUGAUGAAGCUCUCUGAGAACUGUGGUUUUGGAACGCUCCGUGAAUCGCUUGUUCUCGAUCGUUUGAUUCUUGGAGUAAAGGAUGACAGGAUUCGGGAAAAGCUCCUUGGAAAGUGUGAUCUCGACCUGGAUAAAGCCGUUGAAAUUAUCAAGGCUAGUCAGGUUACUCAUUCGCGUGCCUCGGAAAUUCCAGGCGAAGCUUCGGCUCAGGAAGAUGUCAAUGCUGUGAAACACAAACCUAAGCCACAGAGGAAAUCGGAGAAAGGGAAGCUCCCGAAAAGUUCCACUCGAAACCCUUCGUCUAACAGCAAAAUUAAAGAAUAUCUCUUUUGCGGUGGCAAACAUGCACUUGACAGAAAGCUAUGUCCAGCAUCCGGACAAACAUGCAAGAAAUGUGGCAAAGUUGGACACUUCUCGGUCAAAUGUCGCAGUAAGUCUGUGAAUGUGAAUGUUAAUGAUGUCAAGGAAGUUUUCUACUUAAAUGACAUCAGUGGCAAAGAUCAGGCUCUUGCUCCAGUCACUCUAAAUGACACUGUUUCAAUGACAUUCCAGAUUGAUAUAGGCUCAUCGUCAAAUAUUUUGCAACUAGAGGAUUACAUCAGAGCCACCAAUGAUUUCAAAACACCUAGCAUUAUUCCUAAAGAUAUCACACUAGUGGUGCAUGAUCACUCUAAGCGAAAGGCAUUGGGUUCUGCAAGGUUGAAAGUUGAGCAUGAUGCCAACAAACAUGAACUGAACUUUGUCAUUGUUGAUCAAAGGCUUACACCUUUGUUGGGCUUAAAGUCUUGUAGAGGUAUGGGUCUUGUUAAAAUCAUGGUACCUGGUAUUUAUGCCCCUGUUAACAAAGUUGUUGCUACCCCAAAGAAAGCUGUAUCUGAGAGUAUUACUACAGAUUCUGUGCUUAGAUCCCUUGCUGAUGUAUUUCAAGGUAUUUGUUGUUUACCUGGUGAAUACAGUAUUUCAUUACAGAGGGAUUGUCUUGGCCGUGCCAAAAAAGAUGGGCCAAUCCGUGUAUGCCUGGACCCCAAAGAUUUGAACUCUGCUAUUAAGCGUUCACACUACCCCCUACCUACGGGAGGUGAUGUUACGUCCCGACUCACCAAGGCAAAAGUCUUCAGUGUCGUGGAUGCAAAAACUGGUUUCUGGCAAGUGAAGCUGUCAGAGAGUUCCAGUUAUUACACAACGUUUAAAACUCUAUUUGGCAGAUUUCGCUGGUUCAGAAUGCCGUUUGGAAUUUCUUCUGCGCCUGAGAAGAGCACUUUUCUAAACGACGGUGAUGUGCUUUUUGUCUCAAAAGUGAGCUGCAGAACUGAAAUUGCGGGUAAUUUACGCCAACAGAGGAAUCCGUCCGGAGAUGAAGAGCUUAGUAAUUUGCUGAAAGCUUUUAUGCUUUGUAAGCUAUUUCAUCGAGCCUGUUUCGCCCUAGCCCUAAUUGCUCUGGCCGGUCAUAUUGAGUCUAACCCCGGCUACCAGACGCUACACGACAUAAGGAACACUCGUGGACUGAAAAUUGCUCACUUAAACAUUCGAAGUCUCGUACGCAAGACCGACUCUUUGUGCCUUGAGGGAAUCGACAGUAAAGCAUUGGACAUUCUAUAUCUAUCCGAGACAUGA